CUUGAUUAACAAACUAUAAUUAUUUGUAGAGUAGAUUACUUUAGAUAAGAUAAUUGAUGAUAAACUCUUGAUAUAUAAAUUGAUCUCCGGCCUCCAAAUCAAUGCAUUAUGAUUGAUAAGUGAAAUUGGGAUUUAUGCUGAGAAUAGGCAGCAGGGAGUGCAUGAAUUCGUGGUGGCUAUGAACAAUGAGGACUCAUGAAAUUUUUAAGAGUGUUUUUAUGUUUGAGCGUGUAUACUUAUCGAGCACAACAUGGUGCCAAGGCGAGAAUACUCGAUAAGUAAGAUAAAAACACGCUCAAACAUAAAAACAUAAAAACACACUUAUUUAAUAAAAAAUUAUUUCAUAUCAUUAAUGGUUAACAAAUUUAAAAUUGUACUUCAAUUUUUAGAUACAGCGAACUCGAAUUAAGAUAAAACUACUCUUAAAAGAUAAUUGAGUCAAACAUUUUUUAUUUUUUAAACCCCGCCGCAAAGCGCGGGCCAUUUAUCUAAUUGAACGUUAUGCUACAACUUCAAAUUGUAUAUUAAAUCACCAAUGCUUUAUAGCAUAGUAGAAGUGUUUGAGGCAUGAUUGAUAUCGGAAGGUACAAAAUUAUUUGCGCGAAAGGUACAAAAUUAAAAGAAUAUGGAACGAAGUAUUUAUGCAUAGACAUGAUUGAUCACAUUUUUUACUCUCGUUCGAUAAUUAAUAUAUAUAUCAAAAUAUAAAAACUCAAUAUAUUUAUUGUAGAAAGGACUCGAUAAAAAUUAAAUUAGUUAUAAUGCACUUAUGCUUAUAUAUUAACUUCUUCUUCUUUAAUAUUGUAAUUUUUUUUUGUUAUAAUUUGUGUACGGACAGAGAUAUUUUUGUGUGAAAAUUUGAAAAUGGAUAGAGAAUGCAAAGAGGGCAAGUUAUCAACAAUUUGGGAAAGUAAUAAAUUUUUUUUUUUGUAAUAGACAAUUUUGGAAACAAAUCGAACAGAAAUGGCAACGUCCAUCUGGAGAUAAUGGAAUAUUUCAUACAAGGAAAAAUUAUCAAAAUAAUUUUUUAUUUUUUUAUAAUAUUCCCAAAAUUCCCUUUUGAGAAUUCCCAUUUGGCCUUUUUACCAUUUGGCUAUAUAAAUACCACACCCCUAUCUCUCAUUUUAUUCACUUCUCAUCCUUUACAGCAAAAGACAGAGUGAGGUAAUUACUGGUAAUUUGUUCAAUCUUCUAUAUGUUGUCACAAAUGAUAUAUUAUUGAUUAAUCAAAGAAAUUAAUCUUAAUCAUCAUUUUGCAGUCUUUUCUACGCUCCCUGAUGGCGGAAGGAAACAACACGCUUCUUCUGCUGGCUCUGCUCUUCUCGGCGACCAUACUGGAUCAACAACGUUUCGCUACUGCCGCCAGAGAUGUCGCUCUGCAGCUCGAAAAGUCGGCGACCGCCGGCGCCGGUCUGCAUUACGAGGAACCACCACCGCCGAAACCCCUUGAAUUAGCCGGCGCCGGUCUAAAUUACGAGGAACCACCGCCGCCGAAGGCCCUUGAAUUAGCCGGCGCCGGUCUGCAUUACGAGGAACCGCCGCCGCCGAAGGCCCUUGAAUUAGCCGGCGCCGGUCUGCAUUACGAGGAACCGCCGCCUCCGAAGGCCCUUGAAUUAGCCGGCGCCGGUCUGCAUUACGAGGAACCACCGCCGCCGAAGGCCCUUGACUUAGCCGGCGUCGGUCUGCAUUAUGAGGAACCACCGCCACCAAAGGCCCUUUAAUAAGCUUGUCAGUCGUAGCAAACGAUUGCAAAUAUAUAUAUAUAUAUGAAUGUGUAACAAUGAAUAAAGAGCUGAAUCUAAUGAAUUGAAUGGGUGGUUUGGAUUAGGGAAUGUGAUGAGGGAUUUAUGAGUGAUUUUAAAACAAUUUCUCGUUGUGCAGGAUUUUAAAACAAUUCUGCGUUUGGAAAGGUGAGAGAUUGUGUGCAUGAGUAAAUUCUAAAUCUCUCAUAUGAGAGUUUUUAAAAUAGCUGAUGGGGAUCAGCUAUUUCACAAUCACUCAUUUUUUCUCAUUCUUUUCCAAACUCUGCCCCUCCUUUUGUUCUUCCUUUCUUAUUUUUCCUUAGAGAUUAGGGAUGGGUAUAAUUGUAACUGUAAUUUUUAAUUAAAAUCCUUCAUCUAUUCCCAAACAUGUUAUUUGGAUCAAAUCCCACGUUUAAAAUACCUGGGUUUUUAAUUGAGAGAUUUUAAUCCAAAUCCCUCAUUUACACAUUCUCUAAUCCAAACCACCCCCAAGAGGUUAUUUAUGAUGAAUCGGGCGUGUCGUGAUUUUAGUAAUGCGUAUAUGCAGUGGCCAGAGAAUUAAUUAAAGGGGUGUUUUUUCAUAAGAAAAUGUAAACUACAUAAUAAAAAGUCAACUCUGCACGAAAUAAAAAGUCAUCAACUCAAUACUCAAGAAUUGUAUAAUAUUAUUACAAAAUAAUAGUUUGGCGCGCACUGCUUACAACGAACCACGAUGAGAUUGAUAUUCUGAAAUUAAAUCAUUGUAGAACAAAUUAUUUGUCCAAACUAGCAACACAAAUUUUGUGUAAUAUAUGUCACCAAUGCAUUGUUCAACUACUCAUCAGUAAUCGAUUUUGAAAAUCGUUCUUCUGGAACAAUGAAAACAUUUUAGUUAUUAAGGUUACGACAAAUCACUAUUUAAAGUUAAAGAGAAUAUGUAUUUUGAUCACCAAACCUAUUUGAUGGAGAUGGUAUGGAAGGCUAUACAUUAUUAACAAGCGAAUGAUUCAAAUCUUCCUAUUUACUUUUCUUGUUGGGAUUUUUUUCAUGCACCUCCAAGGGGGCUGCAACGCACCCCCAAGUUUGUGUGUGGCUCCGUCACUGGGCAUGUGUGAAUGCAUGCAAUAUUUCUUCAUUCGAUUCUGAAUAAUAAAACUCGUCAAUUGGAUUAAGAAUCAAUAGCACAAUCUCAAAUUUUUUUCUAAAAAAUCUCACUUCGUCAUCCGCAACUCUCUUCUUUCUUUUUAUAUAUGAUCAUCCCAUGCUCGUAAAUAUGUCCUUGUAAUUAUGAUGUUAAAAAUGUUUGAUAAGUGCCAAUGUACCGCUUAUAAAACAAAAAGACAUGU